GCCCUUCGGCCACCAUACGUCCGCUCCACCGCAUACCUACCAAAAAUGUCCUACCCUUCAACUCCCAACGACGACCAAUUCCGCGACAUCAUCGAGUAUCUACGGAAUGCGGAGCGCUUGCAGCUACCUGAGUACUUCCCAGCUAGCUGGUCCUCUUUGGAGAGCAUGAUUAUUCCUUCACCAAUUACUAUCGCUGAUGUUCCUGCCACCCGAGCAAGCGCCCUCGAACGUGCGCAAGACGCCUUGAAUUCGUUCCCUCCGACACUGCAACGAUCAAGGUGGCUGGAACAUUCUUCUCUUAUAGAGCAGGCCCGCGCGAUUUCCAUGCGCACGAUCCGCAUUUGCCGUGGAUCCCGGCUGGACGGCUCAAACCUCCAACCAUUUUCGCAGGCUUCCGACAGCCGUGCCGCUCUUCCCUCUUCGCUCGAACUCGACCGGAUCCAGCGCCAGCAGUCGAUGUAUAUGUUCAGCGAGAACAUACACCGGCGGCCCUCUGCGUCUCUGAUGUCGGCGGCGAGCCGUGGGCCACAGCGAGGACCAGCUCUUGUGGCAACAUACACCGGACCCGAGGCCAGAACCGCAAGGCCGCCAGCUUGGACAGUCCUCCCGCUCGUCCCGUCGUGGGGCGCCCGGAACGCCUCUGGCUGCCGCCACGCAAUGCCGCUUGUACCAUCCGGAAACGUCGCGAUACUCCCGGCGGCGGUGUACGGAGUGGUGGUUCCGUCCAAUCGUUCGGUGGCACCCCUCGCGCCUUGCGUGCACAACGUAGCGUCUCUCCUGCCGCAGACGGGCAAUGUGGCACCGCGCGCGGUGGCGCAGAGCUCUCGAUGCUCCAACGCCGACGACAGUGGGGAUGCUACUUUGAUGGCGGCGUCGUCGGCUCGUGCGUCUCUCGUGUCAACGACCGGCUGUGCGGCGCCUGCGGCGCAUUUGAAGGAUGCGGCAUGCACUACACAGGAAUCAACGCCAGCGGAGGAGGACGAAUCGCCACCGUCGUCGCCAGAGCUGCCCCUGCGGACGAUCGUGCGAAGCACCAAGGUCGGGACCGAUAAGGAUAAGGGUAACGUUCGCAAUCUGCCGAUAGCGUCGCAUAUCGACACGGCUCAAAAGUCGCCCAAGCAACUGGUCGGACAGGCACAUAGUUCUCGGCUCGGGAAGGUCAAGCGGGUAGAGCCGAUCAAGGUCUAUAAGUGGCAGAAGGAAGGCAGGACGCCUUAUUAUUGUGCACUCUGCCACGAGAGCAUGUCGCCAGAUUGCAAGACGACGCAGCGACACAGGCGAUCGGAGAAGCACAUGAUCCGGUUGGCCUGCAGGAAGGGCCGCUCGCCCACGUCGUCAAGUGCAUCUCAGAUGGACCCAGACGAAGGGACAUCCCAGGACCUUGAGCCACUGGUGUGUCCGUAUUGCAAGAUAGAGUUCAAGUCGAACCGUGAUGACUCGUUGAGGCGCCAUUUGAAGCUAUGUGUGGCAGUGGAAGAGCGGGGGCACGAGGGUAAACGCGGGGAAUGUUAA